AUGCCGCUGACAGUUUGGCCAUAUGCUAUCUGCACAGAAUCACCCAUUGGCUUUACUGUCAUUGAUGCUCCUGCGGGUAAAAAGAACCUCCGAAAUCGGGAUUUUUUCAAAUUAGGACGCAUCGAAUUGCGAUGCGAAGCGUCGCCGCACAAGAGCGUUAUUGUGGAGCCGCAAGAAGACAUCGCACCCGACCUAUUCAUCGCGGAUGAUUCGAAUAGCCCUUCGCCUGCUCCCGACUCAGCUUCAACUGCAGAUGCCAUGGACAUCGAUUCGAGGCCAUCAUCUACGCAACACGCGGGACCUCACCAUUUGCAUUCAGGACAACGACAUGAACGCCACCAUCAACCAUUCCAACAACCACUACAGCAAAUUGAAGCCAGCAGGCAAUCGUUACCUCCGCCUUCAGCAAUGCGUUCUCCUACCACGCUUGCGCCAUUACACACAGUUCCAUCAAAGUUGCUGAACAACCCUUUGCCAUCAGUCUCGCCUGCAGUGAGGCCUCACGAAGUAUCCUACAUUGCUCACGCAUCCCCAAGAGAAUCAAGUAUUGCUUCGACGGGCCGAAGAGACUACAGCAAUGGAAGCACAUAUCCUCGCUCACUAGGAGAAGUAUCAUUAGACGCCAUCGAGCGUUUACAGACACAGAUCUCUCAGAAUAGUGGAGCGCUUGCAGCACACACACGGGAUAUCAGAAGAGGUGAAGAGUCCUUUCAGGCGCUUGAAGCGACUCUUCGCCAAGAAUUCGCCGCACAAGUGCAACAUCAGGCUGCGGACAUUCAGCGUGUGGACGAGGCCGUUGCUAGAUUACAUUUAGAGAUGCAAGGCAUGCGUCAGGCGCUGGAAAAUGUUAGUCACGAAAUCGCGAUCAAUCGAGGAGCUGAUACAUCAGCCGGUCAGACUUCACGUGUUCCAAACGCCGCUCUCGAAUUGAUGGCUCAGCAGGUUGCUGUAAUGUCACACAAGACGAGCGAACUUGACAAUCUUAGAGUCACCGUUGAGAUUAUGAAGGAGAAGAUCUAUUCGCUAGAGCAGGGAGCACAACCCACCAAAGCAGCACCCGCCUUACAAGGAACACCGCACGUCUUCCAGCCGUCACAUGGCCCAGCUUCGUCGCAAACUCGCAACGCAACCCCUGCCCGUGCUACACCUGCAGUAGUUCCUAGAGCUAGAUCACCGGUACAGACGCCUACAAACCCCCCAACAUACCAAUCAUUCGACACGGUCUCAUCGUCGACUCUGCUAGGAGUCAUCGAGAGGGACGAGUGUGUGCCAGGCCGGAGCGCUGGAUGGGCAAGCAUCAAUGCGGGGACCAAACGCACGCAUAUGGCUGGCGUGGAAACGGCACGUGAAGCUACUGCGCAUGUGCCAGGAUCUCCUAAGCGCCAGAAAAUGGCUGCCACUGAUCCUCAAGCCAGUUCCGCCCCUUCUGAGACUUUCACGACAAGACAUUCCUAUGCGAGCAGAAAUUCCGAUGUAUCAAAUCCGAGACUUGCAGUGCCUCCGCCUACCCUUCCUUCUCAGCACUCGAUACCAGAAUCCAGUCUAGCAUCCCAAACUCAACAUUCCACAUAUGUACCUUUUACCACACAGGACGGACCUUCGGAUGACAGUUGGCGGCCGGAAUCUCAACGCAUCAUCGAGCAUCGCCCGCGCGGUAGAGGUCGAGGUGGGGGUCCUGGUAGCCGUGGAGGGCGUGUUAGGAAGAGCAUGCCUGCACAAGUCCACCAGCUUGGAUCACCUGAGUGGGAGCGAGACGAUUGGCAGGGUAUUUCAGAGUCGCAAGCUGGCCCAGAAGGCUACUACAACCAUGUCGCACGUUCUGGUCGCGGUAUAGCUCGCCGUGGUAGUGGGGGCGGUGGGCGAGGAGGCUACGCCCAGAGCGAGCGCGCUGCAAGUUUAGGUUCGCAGGGCAUGUCGUCGCCUGGAUUCAACAUGGGAUCUCCCAACGACCCAUAUGCCCACACGAAGAAGACCAGGACAAAGCCUAUUCGUAACGCAGAUGGCGUUCUAAUCAGGAAAGAUGGACGCCCGGAUAUGCGUUCGCAAUCUUCAGCUGCCAAUCUUCGAAAGGUACACGCACGCAAAGAGGGCGAGCUUUCUACACAAGGGUCACCCACCGGUUUCACUCGGGAUGCAUCUCCAAGUGUGCAGCUGAAGCAUAGUGCUAUCAUGGGCAAGAUGUUUCCCACUGGUCUCGACGAGUCACGCCGACAAAAUGAUUAUGCUCAUCAAGUGUUCGAGGAAGAUCGCGACCACACAGCUCAUCCUCGGAAUCGGAAUCACCAGAGUACACAGAAUAAGUCUGCAAUCAGGAUCAAGAAAGAAGACUUCGAGCAACGUAGGGGCUCGAACACUGGAGGUGCACACGAUGGGAAUGUGGAUAUGGAUAAGGACCAGGAUGAAGAAGGGGACCAUGAGCAGGGGCCUAGUCGGCACAGUGAGCAUGCUCAUGAUGCACACCCAGAAGAUCGAGCGGUCGAGGAUAGAGCAGAGCCCAUGGUGCCGGAAACGCAAGUUGCGGAGAUGGAGAGCGAAGCGACGCUUCCUGCUUCAGCAAACAGUCUUAAGCACCCAUCACGCGCAAUUCAGUCCUUCCUGUUCAACUUCGUAGCUGUACUUGCACUUUGCAAUGUACCAAAAGACUACUAA